CAACGUAGCUGUAUUCUGUGCCGCUAUUUCCAAGUUCUUCCGACCAGACAACUGCAACUAACCUUUUUUUUCUUCUCUCUCUCUCUCUCUAGACUACCCUUAAUGUCUAACCCCCAUUCCAUUCGGAUCCUUCUAUAGCCAACUCAAUCUAGACUACCCGCCUACCAACCAAUUUGAACAUACAGAAAGCGUGAACAAACUUCAAAAUUCGAAAACAAAACCUUAAGAAAAGAUUAAUCUGAGAGAGAGCCUUUCUUUCACUAUAUUGUUACAUUCAAAUUCACGUCUCUCGCAUUUCUCAAUCUCUCUCUCUCUCUCUCUCUGAGGAUCUUCAGAAAUGGCGUCUGUUUCAUCUGAUCCAGAGCAGCUCUCGCUCUCUUCCCUCGGAAAGGCCGGGCAGUCAUCAGGUGAGAUCGACAGUGCGCAAGUGCCUCUUAUCAAUGGGGAGCGACAUUCUGAAAACUAUUCUGUUCUCGCAGCGAUCCUUCCAUUUCUCUUCCCAGCUCUUGGAGGAUUGCUAUAUGGCUAUGAUAUUGGUGCCACGUCUUGCGCUACGAUUUCUGUAGAGUCAGCCACAUUAAGCGGGACUACAUGGUAUGAUUUGUCUUCAGUGGAAAUCGGUCUCAUAACUAGUGGCUCUCUAUAUGGGGCAUUGAUUGGCUCUAUUUUGGCUUUUAAUGUUGCUGAUUUUCUAGGAAGAAGAAGGGAGUUGAUGGUGGCUGCAGUAUUAUAUCUUGUUGGAGCUCUGGUUACGGCACUGACGCCCAACUUUGUUAUUAUGGUGAUUGGACGUUUGGUGUUUGGUAUAGGAAUUGGCCUGGCAAUGCAUGCUGCUCCCAUGUACAUUGCUGAGACAGCUCCAAGUCAGAUACGGGGUCAACUAAUUUCUCUCAAAGAGUUCUUUAUAGUUCUUGGGAUGGUUGCAGGUUAUACAAUUGGUAGCUUUUUGGUUGAUACAGUUGCUGGUUGGCGCUACAUGUAUGGGGUUGGUAGCCCCUUAGCAGUAGUUAUGGGGAUCGGAAUUUGGUGGCUACCUGCAUCACCCAGAUGGCUACUUCUAUGUGCUAUACAGGGAAAAGGCAAUAUGCAGGAUUUAAGACAAACUGCCAUAUCUUGCUUGUGCCGGCUCCGGGGUGAAGCUAUGGGUGAAGAUUCAGUUACUGAACAGGUAGACGAAAUUCUGGCUGAGCUUUCUUAUAUGGGUGAAGAAAAAGAAGCCUCAUUAGCAGAGAUGUUCCAGGGGAAAUGCUCGAAAGCUCUUCUUAUUGGUACAGGAUUAGUGUUAUUUCAGCAGAUAACAGGGCAACCCAGUGUACUAUAUUAUGCUGCUUCAAUCCUUCAGAGUGCAGGAUUUUCUGCAGCAUCUGAUGCAACAAGAGUCUCAAUUCUUCUUGGGGUAUUGAAGUUGAUAAUGACUGGAGUAGCUGUCAUGGUUGUUGAUAAAGUUGGGAGAAGACCUUUAUUACUUGGUGGUGUCUCCUUUAUGGUUGUUUCAUUAUUUCUUCUGGGAUCAUAUUACACUUUUCUGGAUGAUGCACCAGCUGUGGCUGUAAUUGCACUGCUACUGUAUGUUGGAUGCUAUCAGUUGUCAUUUGGUCCCAUUGGUUGGCUGAUGAUUUCUGAGAUUUUCCCAUUACGCCUCAGAGGGCGAGGAUUAAGUAUAGCAGUGCUUGUAAAUUUUGGCGCAAAUGCACUUGUGACAUUUGCAUUUUCUCCUCUGAAGGCAUUGCUGGGAGCUGGACCUUUGUUUUUCGCCUUUGCAGGAAUAGCUAUUGUAUCUCUUGUUUUCAUAUACUUCAUUGUACCGGAGACAAAGGGGCUCAGUCUGGAGGAGAUCGAGGCCAAACUCCUUUAGUAUUUGUUUACCUUCGGAUCACUCUUAUUAGCUCUGUAUUAAAAAAAAAAACAAACAAACAAACAAACAAACAAACAAAAAAAACAUCACUUUGAGAUGUUUAUAGUUCAUUUACAUCCAUGUGGAGAUGACCGACCUUUUUUUAUUUUUAUUUUUUAUUUUUAUGUAUGUAUAUACUUCAGGUAAGAUUAAAUAAAUAAAUAAUCGCUAGUUUAGCUAGCACUUUAAAUGUA